AUGAAUAGAAAUAUUUUAAAUCCAUAUAAUAUAAAUUUUAAUAUUCAAAAGAAUGAAUCAAAUACUACAGUAAAAUUAUUAAAAAUUGAAGAUUUUAAAAAUUCAAUACUUUCAUUAUUCUUUUUUUUAAUUAUUUCAUUAAUUUUUAAAACAAUUGCAAUAAAACUUUUCAUUCCAUCAUACAUAGGAUCAUUAAUUGCUGGAAUAAUUCUUCAAAAUAUAACAUAUUUAAAAGAUAUUUUUAUCAUAUUUCCAUAUUAUCUUGAAGUAAUACGUUUAUCAGCAGUUAUAUUUGUACUUCUUAGAACAUCAUUAAUUAUAAAUUAUGUGGAAUUAAAAAAAUACUGGAAAAAAGCUUUUUUUGUUAGUAUUCCUCCAACAAUAUUAGAAUGUAUUUCAAUAAUAUUAUUAACACAUUUUUUAUUUAAUAUAUCAAUUAAAAUAUCAUUAAGUUAUGCUUUUGUUAUUGGUUCUACUGGACCAGCAGUUCCAUUGUUUAUGUCAGAAUAUUUAAUAAAUAAAAAUUUAGGAAUAAAAAAUGGUAUAGGACAAAUAUGGAAAUUAGCAACAAAAUUUUUAUUUAAAUUACCUAAAUAUAAUAUUUUGAAUUGUAUCUUUCAUAUUUUUUUUGGAAUUGGAAUUGGUUUUAUAUUAAGUAUUAUUUAUUGGUUUUAUCCAUUUAAUAAAUAUCUUUCAUUAUAUUUUACAUCAAGAAUUUUAAUGAUUCUAACAUGUAGUGGAGGAAUAUUGUUUUACUUCAAGUCAAUAGAAAACUAUACAACAUCUACUUUUGGAAUAUUAAUUUCAUCAUUUUUUGCAGGAAUUAAAUAUAAAAAUGAUUCUGUUUCUGGUGUUAAACCAAAAGAAUUAGUGAAAAAUGUUGUCAAUCCUUAUAAUUAUGAUUUUGAUAAGAUGGCAAAUUCUAGUGGUGAUUUAGAAAAUUUGUCACAUUCAGAAUAUUACAAAAAUUCAAUUGUUUCACUUUUAUGUUUUUUAAUUCUUUCAUUAAUUGCAAGUAGAAUAGCUUUAAAAUUUUUUGUACCUAAUUUUGUCGGGUCUGUAAUAAUUGGUAUUCUUAUACAAAAUAUAGAUUGGUUAAAACAUUCAUUAAUUAUUCAUCCAUAUUUUAUUGAAGUAAUAAGACUUUUAAGUGCUGUACUUAUUGUUGGAAGAACAUCAGUUAACUUAAAUCAUAAUGAAUUAAAAAAAUAUUGGGAAAAAGCAUUAAUGUUAUCUAUACCUCCAACAUUAUUAAAUUGUCUUUGGUUAACAAUAUUAACAAAAUUUGUAUUUGGUAUUCCAUUAGAAAUAUCAUUAUGUUAUGCUUUUGUGAUUGGUGUUACAGCACCACCAGUAACAUUUACUAUGGCAAAUUAUUUAAUAAGUCAAAAAUUAGGAGAAAAUAAUGGUAUUGGAAAAAUUUGGCGUGUUGCAACAAGUUUAGAUAAUAUUUUUUGUAUUACACUUCUAAAUAUUGUUAUGGAUUAUUGUUUUGAACCUAAUGGUUACAACUUUUUAUUAACAUUAUUACAUAUAUCAGUUGGUAUUGUAAUUGGAAUUAUUUUAGGAAUUUUUUUUUGGUAUUAUCCAUCAAAAAAAUCAAUGAGUCUUUUUACAACAACAAGAGUUACUAUGUUUUUUACUGUUUAUGGAGCAAUGUUAUUUUAUUUUAAAACAAUUGGUUGGUAUGGAACUGCUGCUUUUGCUAUAUUAAUAUCUGCAUAUAUAUGUGGUACAAAAUAUAGAAAAGAUGCUCCAACUGGAACGAAACCUUUAGAACAAACAUAUUUAGACAAUUUAUGGAUAUUAUUUUUUGAACCAAUGUUAUUUGUAUUUAUUGGAUAUAAUUUUAAUGGAAGAGAAUAUGAUUGGUUACUUGUUGGGCAAUGUUUAAUAAUUAUUGCAUCAACAGUUGUAUUAAAAAUAAUUUUUGCAUUUAUUAGUAUAUGUAAAUUGAAACUUAAACUUAAAGAGAAAGUAUUUUUAUCACUUGGAUUUAUUCCUAGAUCUUCUAUUCAAGUAGCUAAUAGUCUUAUGAUAAUGAAUCUUUCUCAACAUCACACAAAUUCAUUAAUACCAAUUGAGUCAAAAAAGUUUUAUUGCACUAUGGUAUUAAGUUUAUUAAUUUGUUCAACAUUUUCACAUUGGUUUUAUCGAUAUCUUGGAAAAACAGUUUUAAAAAAAAUGGAAAUUCAUAUUAUUCAUAUUAAAGAAAUUACUAUUAGUGAUUCAAAAGAAAGAUUUUAA